AUGUCUCACAAUUAUGGAAAUGCUGGAUAUAACGGGCCAGAUCAACAUCAUAGCGGACCCCCACCACACAUUGGAGAAGGAGUUCAACGCCAUGUUGAAGUCGGAGGAAUCGGACAUCCACCACAACACCCAGGACAACACCCAGGGCAACACCCAGGGCAAUACCCAGGGCAACAACACCAAAAUUGUAGUGGACAUGACCACGGGGGUCACUCACACCAACAUCCAACACAAAAUGGGGGGCACUCACACCAACAUCCUACACAACUCGGGGGGCACCAAUGUUCUGGUGAACACGGACACCACUAA